AUGGAUUCCAAGAAGUCUAACAAGAUCACUGAGAUUGUCAGGCUUCAACAGAUCCUCAAAAAAUGGAGAAAACUUGCAAAUACAUCAAAGAGCAGUGGCAAUAGCAGCAGCAAUAACAACAGCAAUAAGGGCAAACUUCUAAGGAGAACACUCUCCCUGUCGGAGAAAUCAGAUAUUGUCCCUAAAGGGUACCUGGCAGUUUGUGUUGGAGAAGAGCUUAAGAGAUUUGUGAUCCCAACCAAGUAUUUGAGCCAUCAAGCAUUCAUCAUCCUACUCAGAGAAGCAGAAGAGGAAUUUGGGUUUGAACAAGCGGGAGUUUUGCGGAUUCCUUGUGAAGUUUCUGCAUUUGAGAACAUCUUGAAGGUGGUCGAGAAGAAGGAUUUCAGGUUUCUCGGAGAAGAUGCUAUAGGAUGCUGCUCAUCAGAAAGCCAGCUAAAUCAAUCUUACCAUCCACAAAGUCCUAUGUGCACAUGAUUUUUUAACACCUUUUCAUUCCUUUGUAUGAGGCAAAUGUAUGAGUGAGAGAGAGAGUGGGGGAGAUUUUAAUAAGAUGUUCUAUACUUCAAUCAAUGAAAAGAUAUUAACAACACAAAAUUUGAUCAAGGAAUCUUCUGUAUC